CGAGAAGAAGAAGCGGAGGCGGAAGCGGAAGCAGCAGCUAGAUGGGAUCCAUGGUCGCAUCGGUUAACUCUUACAAACUGAUGAAAUGAACCAUCUCGGUAAAUCACAGGAGGUUGACUCAUAUGAGCUGGAUGAGCCCAGCGAUGAGGAGCGAGCUGCGAGCAGUUCGGAGGACGAGUUAGAUGUGCUGCUGAACGGCACUCCGGAGCAGAAGAAGAAGCUGAUCAGAGAGUAUCUGACGGGAGAGAGCGAGUCAUCCAGCGGGGAUGAGUUUGAAAAGGAGAUGGAGGCGGAGCUGAGCUCUACCAUCAGGGCCAUGGAGGGGUCCUGGGCCCCAGCGGCAGUCUCUGCUGGAAGAAGAAGCUGUGAUGGCGAGGGCGCGUCUAGGCUUCCUCAACCUCAGAUGUAUGAUGAAGUUUACUUUGACUCUGACUCAGAUGAGGAAGCUGCACCAAGCAGCUCCACAGGACAGAGGCUGAAACAGCGAGUUAUUCUUACUAACGAUGAGCUGUUUUAUGACCCAGACGGCGACGACAGGGAUCAGGCCUGGGUGGAUGCCCGGAGGUACAGCAGGAAACGACCAGCUGCAGCGUUCCAGUCUCACCCCCAGCAGCCUCUGAGUUUACCCAGCAGUGACGCUGUUCUCAACUGUCCGGCCUGCAUGACGACGCUCUGCUUGGACUGUCAGCGGCACGAGAAGUUUCGCACACAGUAUCGUGCCAUGUUUGUCAUGAACUGCACAGUAAAGAAGGAUGAGGUGUUGCACUACAAAAGUCAGCCGGAGAAGAAGCAAAGGAAGAGGAGAAGGGGACAGAGGACAGAAGCACCAGCAGGCAUGGACGCCGAUGAGGUUUACCACCCGGUUCAAUGUUCCGAGUGCUCCACCAAGGUCGCUGUGUUCGAUAAAGAUGAGGUCUACCAUUUCUUUAACAUCCUGGCCAGCCACUGCUGAGCUGGAGCUUUUUUUUUUUGUUUUUUAAUAAAUACUGGAAAUAAAUCCCAAAUUCUGUCUUUGUGAGAUGACUAAAUAAGCAACUUUUUGCCAACAUUCACCAUAUUUAGUGUAAUAUAUUGCUGGUGCGAGUCCUGGCAGGCGUGGAGAGUCUUGUAGCUAGUUAGAGCGAAGCACCGAGCCAGCAUUAUCAGAAUGUUCUCAGACCCUUCCUGUUGAUGAUGUUGCAGGUUUUGUCUGCCUGAUUUACAGGCUGCAUCAGAGACAUUUUAAAAUGAGAUCCAAAAGCUGGAAUCUGACGGUUCGUCUCAUGCUACCAGUGAACCAACAAUUUUCAGAAACUUCUUGUUUUUAACGUUAGAGAUUGGAAACAGCUUUCUCUUUUCUUUUUUCUCAGAUUACAGUCUGUAUAAGGCUGGGGCCCUGCACUGUG